AUGACGAGAAGACCCUAUGCGAAGCGGCAGGAACAGAGCAAACACAGGACUUCGCGCUGGGCUCAAGCAUUUGCAAUUGAUGAGGAACAGAAACGAUAUGACAUUCCUUUCCUUAAUCGGGCAUCCAAAACGGCACUUGUUGAAGGAGACAUGGCAUUACCUCGUGGUCGCAAUGCUCUCAUAAACCCUGCCUACAGAUGGAAAUUUCCCAUUCCUUAUAUUCUGACUGAUAGUCUGGACUUAAAUGCUAAAGGGGUAAUUUUUCAGGCUUUUGAAAUGUACCGACUUAAGUCUUGUGUGGACUUUAAACCUUAUGAAGGAGAAAAAAGCUUCAUAAAGUUUGAAAAAUUAGAUGGGUGUUGGUCUCAGGUUGGGGAUUUACAGACAGGACAGCAGUUGUCACUUGGUGAAGGAUGCGACUACAAAGCGACCAUUGAACAUGAGCUACUGCAUGCCUUGGGGUUUUACCAUGAGCAAUCACGCACUGACCGUGAUGAUUACAUCAAUAUCUGGUGGAAUGAAGUACUUCCAGGCAUGGAACAUAAUUUUGUUAAAUAUGACGACAGCUUCAUAACAGACCUCAAUACACCCUAUGAUUACGAGUCUAUCAUGCAUUAUGGAGCUUACUCCUUCAACAAGAAUCCAGGAGUUCCAAGCAUUACUGCCAAGAUUCCAGAAUUAACCAGCGUCAUUGGACAAUAUUUGGACUUCAGCAAGCUUGACUUACUCAGGUUGAAUCGCAUGUAUAACUGCUCAUCAUCUCUCACUCUCUUGGACCAGUGUGCAUUUGAAUACAUUAACAUCUGUGGAAUGAUCCAGAAUCCCAAUGAUGACGAUGAUUGGGUCCAUACCAAGAGUACACCACAGGCCGAAGAUCACACUCUCCUUGGCCAGUGCAAAGACUCUGGAUUUUUCAUGUAUUUUAACACUCAAAUUGGGCAGACAGAUGAGUCUGCCUUUCUGGAGUCAAGGACACUAUAUCCCAAGAGAAAACUGCAGUGUCUCCAAUUUUUCUACAAAAUGACUGGAAGUCCAAAGGACAAGCUGGUUGUGUGGGUGAGAAUGGACGACAAGGCAGGAAAUGUCCAGAAACUAGUGGAAGUACAAACAUUCUCAGGGGAUGGAGACCAUUCUUGGAAAAUCGCCCAUGUGCCCCUAAAAGCCGACAUGAAAUUCCGCUAUGCAUUUCAAGGCAUCAGAGGAGACCCAACUCAGUCCACUGGUGGAAUUUUUAUUGAUGAUAUCAACCUAAUAGAGACUCGCUGUCCUAGUGGGGUGUGGCAGAUAAAAAACUUCACCAGUCUUCUUAAAACAUCUGCUGUUGGUAAUUACAUCCAAAGCCCUCGUUUUUACAGCCCUGAGGGAUACGGAUAUGGGAUACAGCUUAUUCCUAACUCCUAUGCAGAUGGAUAUAUAGGCGCUUUCUUCCAUUUGACCAGUGGGGAAUAUGAUGCUGCCUUGGAGUGGCCAGCAGGAAACAGACAAGUCACAAUCACUGUGGUUGACCAGGACCCUGAUAUCCGAUUUAGACUGUCAUCUGCCAGGAGCUUCACCACCAGUGGAAAGCAGCUCAUACCAGGUUCGAAUAACUUGCUGUUUUGGGAUAAUCCUUCAAAAACGGGGACAUAUGACCCUACCUGUGACUGCUACCGAAGCUGGACCUGGGGAUGGAAUGGCAUUUUUCCUCACAGUGACCUCUAUCGCCGAAACUACAUGAAAAAUGAUGAUUUGAUUCUUUUAAUAGACUUUGAAGAUCUGACACCACUAAUUAAAAGUGAAGUACCAGUGAAACCAAGGAGUGAAUCAAGUAUAGUGGAAGAAUAAGGCAUAGAUUCUCCUGAAUGGAGAAGACAUCAGGAUUCCAGGACUGUGGUAUCUUUGAGGAGAAACUUUAUAAAAGUC